AUGAUAAUUGCAAAGUAUGCAUUAUUAUUAUUUUCUAUUGUCAUACUUACUAAUUGUGAGCUUGAAAAAACUUUCUCUUAUAAUCAAACAAAUGUGACAAUACCAUCUUCAAAUGCAUUUUCGUUAACUAUGAAAAAAACUUCAUCUGAAGUUCAUUUAACAUCUACAUUUAAUUACUUACCUGAAUACAUUAUAAAUUUAUUACAAAAACUAUUUUUUCCCAGAAAUAAUACUUCAAAUGAAAAUAACCAUACAUCAAAAGGCAAUAACAAUGAACUAAUACCUGAUUACGUAUAUGAAACUUUUCCUAUUAGUAUCAUACAAUCAAAUACAAUAAAUACAACUACUACUAAAAAAGUUGAUUCAACAACCACUGUUACUACUACCACUACUACUAAAAAAAUUGAUACAACAACCACUGUUACUACUACCACUACUACUAAAAAAGUUGUAAAAAAAACAAAGACACCUUUUAUUGAAGAUGAUAGCUAUGAAAUAAAACUAACUAAAAAUGCUACUAAAAUACUUAAUGAAAUUGAAAAAAGAAUUUUAAUAAAAGAAGGAAAAAUUAAAACUACAAAAAAGCCUAAAAAAAAAACUAGCAAAAAAUCUAACAAAAAAAAUAAAAAAUCUAAAAAUAAAUCGACAACAGUAGUGCGUCCUUUGGAAGAUCCAAAUUUAUUUCAAGGAGAUAUACUUCUUACAGAAGACCAAGCUAAAGAUUUAAUACAAAGUUCCUUAGAAGAAGCCAAAAAAAAGCAUGUUAAUGUGAGCGAUAUAAAUCUUAAGUCAUUUAAAAAUAAAUUAAAAUAA